AACACGAAAAUUACAUCGUGUGGAAAAAAAAUCAUCGUUUCUUUUCUACGAUAGCACACACGCAUUCAGUUGUAAUUAAUAGCUGUAUAUAAUAUCAUAUUUUUUUACCAUCGGCUGUGGUGGUUACGUUUGGUGGUCAAGUCAUUAUUUUUUCUCUGGUAAUAAGAUACUAUCCGAUGCAUCUUUUUGACAGGAAAUUCCAAGAUCUGUUGCGCGGCAGGACCGUUCUAGAAAAAUGGAUAAUUAUCUUUGCCGCCGUUCUGUCCUGUGCUUUUUUGGUGCUGGCAGUCAUGAAAAUUCGAGGUAUUGGUAUAUUUGCUGUCAAGAGUACGACGUGUACAAGCGAUGAAUGUCUAAUUUCAGCUAGUACUAUUACGAGAUCCAUGAAUGUGGCCGUUGAACCUUGCGACGACUUUUACGAAUUUGCGUGUGGAAAAUACAUUGAAGAGCUGGAACCUGAUAAACCCACUAAUUGGUUUAAUGAAAAAACAAAAAACAUUUCUGAGGAAAUAACAAAGAUCUUAGAAGAAAUGGAUCGUACAAAAGAUCUGCGGUCCCUAAAAAAAGCGAGACGUUUAUAUAAAUCGUGUUUGGAUACAGAUACAUUAAACGAUAUAGGAUAUGAACCGGUGUUCAAGAUCCUAGAUAUGGUUGGUCUGCCGCGAAAAUUUCCAGAUUUUACGGCCGCCAGAUACGUCAACGGGGUCCGGUUCAAUGUGGCACGAACCUUAGGGCUGAUCCAGCGAUACCUCGGAAUGGAUAUCAUGGUGCAGUUAAGCAUGGAAGCGAACCCAAAAAACAACCUAACGACCAUGACUGUUGGGCCUGUGUCGGCUUAUACUUCAAAAUUACCAGAACCGUUGUACGACUAUCACCGCCCUAAAAAAAUUGGUCAACAGCGUCCAUUUGACAUCCGCACCAUCUUCGAUGAUGAGGAAUUUAACAAAAAAAUUGCGAUGGCCAAAGUCGAGUACAUGAUGAAGAUCAUCAUAUCUAUGUUCCCCGAAGAAUUAUUCAACACCACUGCGUUGGCUAGGUUUUGCGUAAUAGUCCUCACUUUUGAAGCGAACUUAUUGAAGAAAGACGUAGACUACGAAAAAAAAGGAGAAGAAUUCACAACCGGAGGCCUAAGGGAUUACAUGUACUCAAAUACGACAGACACAUUUGGAGACAAUUUGUUUGACUGGCAAUCGUUUGUGGAUCAUUUUACCACGGACACAAAUGUUACAUGGACGAUGAGCGAUACAAUAUUAGUUCGGAAUCCGGAAUAUUUUUUGGAACUCCAAUCGAAAUUAAUAGACACUCCUCUAGAAGAAAUUCAACAAUUUCUUUGGUGGAGAGUUGUGGAAUCUCUAGCUAUUCACACUACUACUACAAUGAUACAGCUAAGAGAAAAAUUUUUUGAUGUCAUACUACCGUCGCCGAAAAGAUUGACCAGACAGGAAUUUUGUACAACAGUAACUAAGUCUAUCUUAAAAUAUCCCGUGGCUUAUGAGUUCUAUUCUCGCCAUGAUCUGAAAGAUACUACAAAGAAGGUCUUUGAAAUGAUCAGUCAACUGCAAUAUGUAUUCAAAAAUAUGAUCAGUGAAUCCGAUUGGAUGGACGAGGAGACUAAACGCGCUAUUUUUAUUAAGUUGGAUGCCUUGAAAGUUGGAGUCGGUUAUCCAAAAAUAUUCGAGACGCCGGACCUGUUGGACAAACAAUUCGACUACGUCAAAAUCAUAGAAAACGAGUAUCUUCAAACCAUUGUAAACAUCAAUGUCGAGGAACUCAUUAUGACACUGGACCAGUUGGGCAAACCAGAAAAUAAUGCCCCUAAGCAAAUCAUGACAGACCCAUUGGAAGUUAACGCAUUUUACAACAGAUUGGAGAAUUCCAUUAAUAUUCCAGCUGGGAUUCUACGGGUACCGUUUUUCAACAAAGGAGUCGAUGUCGUAAACUACGGUGCCAUUGGUUCGAUCAUCGGACAUGAAAUCACGCAUGGAUUCGAUAUCGAAGGUAAAAAUUACGACUCCCAUGGUCAUAAGUCGCCACAAUGGACGUUGAACGCUGAGCGAGAGUACUUGUUUCGGGCACUGUGUUUCGUCAAUCAAUACGAUAAGUUCAAGAUAGGCUCAAAUAUCCAAUUAAACGGUACGCACACUCUUGGAGAAAACAUGGCCGAUAAUGUAGGACUGAAGCAGUCGUGGAAGGCGUAUAAAUCAAAUAACAUCGGCGAAGGCUUCCAUCUACCAGGGCUCACUGAAUACUCUAACGACCAACUAUUCUUCUUGUCCUACGCAAAUGUGUGGUGCCGAAAGCCAAACAAAAAGAACGACGAACAGAUCACGUAUAUAAUCAACGAUGAGCACAGUCCCAGUACCGCUCGGGUGUUAGGUUCGUUGAGAAACAGCCCCGAGUUUUCAGAAGCUUGGAAAUGUCCAGCCGGAAGUCCUAUGAAUCCUUCCUAUAAAUGCUCCAUGUGGUGAAUGCUAAAAACUACACCAUCGACGUCCGCUAUCCACGUACUCGAUUAUUAUUAUUAUAAUUAUUAUUGUUAUUAUUUUAAUUGUCCGCGCGCUUUGUGUAAUAUAUGAUAAUCUUAUUUUUAUCUUUUUAUAAUAAAAGUGAUACGAUAUUA